AUGGUUGAGCCAUUCGACGAUAUCGAAGCAUGGGCCUCUUUGGAGAGUCUUUAUGACAAAGCAAUUCAAUCACCGUCGGAGAUAACUCUGGAAGAGAAACAUACUAUACUGGAAUGGCCAUCUUUGGAACAUAUGGAGGAGACCACUCAAAAAUACGUCGGCAAGUCUUUGCGAGAUCUCAUUCAUACAGCGGCCAACGAUCCUCUCGCUCUUACGUAUCCGGAUUGCUGCUUGAUUAAGGAUGGUUUCCAUAUAUUUAGAACCCUCGAUGCUGUUAAAUACAGUAAUGACCGAAGGAAACGCAUGAUCGGACGUCCGGACUUAUGGAACAAGUGGCAGCAGGCGAGGGAUGCUGUUUUACCACCGGACGAACUCAAGGCUCUUGAAAACGUCCGUGAGGUCUUUCUUGCCAACAUAAAAGCUUACUCAAAGCCUAUUAUUGAAGCUGCAGAGAGAUCCAGGACUCAUCCCCCAGAUUGGGUGCAGAGUAUUCUUGACCGUGACGGCAAAGGCUGGGGGUAUGUGAUCUACCGUCCUUCAGUCGUUCAUGAAAGAGAAGGUAACAAGGAGGCAUGGAGAGCGUGUUGGGAUAAUUUUAAUGAACUUCUGAGUUUCCACCCGGUCAUGGUUAUCGGCGGCGAAGAGAUUCAAGAUUCCAAGGUCGUCGAUUUUGUCGAUUAUGAACCUGAAAUGGGCGGAGUGGAUCAGCUUCGACUAUAUGCUUGGGCUUGGGCUAUUGAUCCUGACUGGUCAUUACCGGGCCCAGAUGCAGAUGGCUACGAUGGACGUGUCAAGAUUACCUGGGCUCAGCUGUUCAACAAAUUCUAUGGUCUGAUGUCGAUCAAAAAAGUCAACCUAAAGGAAAUCUGGGAAGAGUUCCAUGAGGUCAAUAAGAAGCUCCCUGAGCCAUUGCCUGGCUGGCUCUCCACAAAACUACCCAGAGUUGUUUGGCCAGAUAACUGA